UGAAAUCCCUUCAUCUUGACAAAAAUCCAUUCCGUCUUUUCGUCGUGACUGGUACGAUUUGGUGAUUUUUUCGCAAAAAUUGUUGCGUUAUGUGCCUUGAAUCCAACUAAAUUUGGUCACCGCGGCUAGUGUUUCGAUUUGUGCACCGACUAAAGCCGGAUUUGCGGCACCAUGACGCAAUAUUUGCCACCAAACUUGCUGGCUUUGUUCGCCCCACGCGAACCGAUUCCAUUUUUGCCACCGCCGGAUAAGCUUCCGCACGAGAAAAAAUCGCAGGGUUAUGGGGGGGUCGGCGCUUUCAUGGACCUUUUUGAGGAUCCCAAGGAUACCCCUCCACCAACCAGGGUUGAAACCAGAGAGGAGCGGCUGGAACGGAGACGCCGAGAACGGGCAGAACAGGUUGCCUACAAACUAGAACGGGAAAUAGCAAUCUGGGAUCCACAGCAAGUCGAGGGGGCCACCGAGGAUCCUUUCCGGACACUGUUCGUGGCGAGAAUUAACUAUGACACUUCGGAAUCUAAACUGCGUCGUGAGUUCGAGAUAUACGGCAAUAUAAAGAAAAUUAAGGUAAUCACGUCCAAGGACAACGGUAAACCCCGAGGAUACGCUUUUAUUGAGUAUGAACACGAACGGGAUAUGCACUCCGCCUACAAGCAUGCCGAUGGUAAGAAAAUCGAUGGUAAGCGGGUGCUAGUCGAUGUGGAGCGUGCCCGCACCGUCAAGGGAUGGUUACCGCGCCGUUUGGGUGGAGGACUCGGCGGAACACGUCGUGGUGGCGCCGAAGUCAACAUCAAGCACUCGGGCCGCGAAGACAACGAGCGGGAACGGGAACGGUACCGGUUGGAACAGCGGGAACGGGAGGAACGCGACCGACGGGGAGAUCGCUUCGAACCGCGAUUCGACCGUCGUCGCUCACGAUCGAGGGAUCGUGCCCCGGAUCGUCGCCGCCGGUCUCGCUCCAAGGAUCGCCGACGUCGGUACAGUCGCGAACGCGAGCACGAAGAUCUGGAGCGUAAGGAUCGCUGGGGUGGCGGUGCCGAGCGGGAGCGUAGCCGUGAACGCGACCGAGACCGGGAUCGGGAUCGCGAGCGUGACCGUGAGCGCGAUCGUGCCGAGAAGAAACGCAGACGCAGUCGCAGCCGCAGCCGGUCCCGGGAUCGGGAGCGCGAUCGCGGCGACAAGAAACGGGACAAACGCGACAAGGAUCGGGACCGAGAGCGUAAGGAGCGCAAACCGGACUUCCGCGACGGCGAGAUCAAGAUCAAAGAGGAACCACAGGAUGAUUAUCCGGAUUACAGUGCUCAGUACGAUAACUACCAGGCGCAGAUUAAGAAUGAAGAUGGUGAGGAGGAAAAGUAUCGGCCUCACGAGGACGAAAACGGUAGUGGGGCAAUGGGAUCGCGAGGAGGGGGUCGCGGUGGGGGUGAAAAUGGGGGCCGCUAUGCGCAGUUAUCACACAACGACGACGACGACGAUCAGUACGAUGACGGGGAUCGGUAUGCGGGGUACUAGGAAAAGUUUUGGACUCCGUCGGUUUUCUUCGCUAAAUUUUAAUACAACCUAGGAACCUAGGCGUUUCAAGUUUUUACAACAUUCAUCUCCGUAGCAAAAAAAAAAAGGUAAAAUUGCAUAAUAUAAUACAUCGGGGUAGGGUUUUUUCAAACCUGAUACCGUAACGGCGUUUUGAUAAAUGCCCUAGUAAGUAUAAGGUAAGGUAUCUGCAGCGAUGAACAACAUAUAAAAGUAGGACAUGGCGUUCGUUUGGGAGAGCCGUAACGUGCUACGUGCGUAUGCUCAAGAAUGCUAAUAAACACUUAAACAAGACGCUCUGACGCGCGGACAGUUCAUCGGAAAGUUGACUUUGUAGCUUGAUACACAGUGCUAUUUGUAAACACCUCCACGCGUAAGUAUGUAACUGAAUAAAUUUCAUUGUGAAA